AUGUAAAUUGCUAAUUAUUAAAUUGAAUUACCUAUCUCUUUAGACUUCUCUUACUAAUUAUUAUAUAGAGGAUUUGAUGAAACUAAAUAAUCCUAUUACAUUAAUAUCUUUCCUAAAUCUGAAUUAGAUUCUAUAAUGUAUGAAAAUAUAUCUAAGAAAAUAAAAUCAUACUAUUACAUAAAAGAUGCUAUUGAGGAUGAUAACAAUCUACUCAUUUCUUAUUAGAAUAGUAAUACUUGGAUUAAAAUGCCUAUCAAAAUUACAAAUGAUCAAUUUAAUGAAUAUUUGAAAUAAUUGUAUGAUCUCUAUUCCUUAGAUAUUUUAGGAUUCUAUGAUUUUAAUCCUGACUUUCUUUACAUUAAUUAAAAGAUUAUUUACACUAUUGAUUAUGGUUUAAGAUAUUCUCUUUUCUAAAUUAAAUACUAAUAACGAUACAACAAUAAUAAUUAUAAAUAAGAUUAAUUGAUGAAAACUUGGAUGUUUGGUUCAUUACUUUAUUGUCUUACAACUGGAACCUAAGAUCCUAGUUAUCUUAUUAAAUUAAAUUAACAAUAAAUUAAUUAUCAUAUUGAAUACAAUUGUAGAUAGAAUAAUAUUAGUGAAGACAAUAUUCAUUUUCUUAAAAUCUUACUUUAAACAGAUUAUGAUUAUCGUCCUGCAUUUGAUUAAUUAGCUAAUCUAUUCAAACUUCAAAAUAGUUAAAUAAUCAAAAUACAAUCCCAAAAAUCCUUUAAUCAAUAAAAAACAAUUAAAAAAAUAGAUAAUCUUAAUGAUAAUACAAAUUGUUAAAUUUCUAAAUCAACAUUUACAUAAUCACAUUCAAAAUUUGUACCUAAUUUACAUCAUAACAAAGUUAAGUUAGCAUUUAAAUAAUAAAACUGUUAUACUUCUUAAAAAGAUUUGAAAUAAUCUAAAAUUAAUUAAUAUCAAUAUGCUUCUUAAUUAAUUAAAUCCAAUAUAUCCAAUAAACAUGAUUAAAUUAUUAAAAAUCUUUCAACAACUAAAUCUUUUUAUCCUUAAAAUUAAAAAUAAAAUAUUAUAACCUUAAAUGAAUAAUAUUAUGAUAAUUCCAAAAUUAAUUCUAAUUAAAAUAUUGUUUAAAACAAUUAAUCUAUUAAUAUUGAUCCUAUUAAUUUAAGCAGAAGUAUGUCAUUAAAUGUAAAAUCAUAAGAAUAGUAAUAAUCUAUUAUUUAAACUAAUCAAAUGUUUAUCAAAGCAAAGUAAUAAAAUGAUUUUUAAUCCAAAAAGAAACCAUAAAAAAAUUAAAUUAACUCAUUUGAGUAAGAUUUCUUUUAUAAAGAAGAAGAUGAUGAAGAAGAGGACUUUAUUGUUUGA